CGUAUUAUGGGGAAAUGGAUUACGCUCAAUGCUUAAUGAUAUUUAGGAUGUACUUUGAAAAGUCAUAGUCAGGUGGUCUGGUCAAUUUAUUUGUAGAGAAUAAAGAAAAAAAAAUAGUACAGGACAAACAUAUUCUCCCAUGAGGUGCUUGAAUCUAAACGUUGUCCAAUAGAAAAAGAAACGACAAAAAGAAUGACAUUUGAAUUUUGGGAUGUGAUUUGCAGACUUUGGCACUGGCAGACCGGAUGAUGACAUUUGAAUUGUGGGAUUUGAUCUGCGGACUUUGGCAGUGGCAGAUCGGCUGCUAUGUUCGUGGAAACUAUAAAACUAUCUAAGCCAUUACCAAAACUUGGUGGCAAUCGAAUUCCAAAGCAAACUAAAGCAAAGCCAAGGUUUUUUUUUUUUUGGGUUAUAUCAGAAACAAAAAUGGGACGCAGAGUACAAACACAACAGCAAGAAGAUCAAGAAACUAUCAGCAAAAAUUGUAAUGGAGUUCCUACUAUGCCUGUUCUCACUCCCUACAAAAUGGGAAAAUUCAAUCUUUCUCAUAGAAUGGUAAUGCCACCAAUGACUAGACAGAGAUCUUAUAACAAUAUUCCUCAGCCACAUGCCGCUUUAUACUAUUCCCAAAGAACCACCAAGGGAGGUCUUCUGAUCACUGAAGCAACUGUAAUUUCUGAAGCAGCUCGAGGGUACAAAGAUACGCCUGGUAUAUGGUCAAAAGAGCAAGUUGAGGCAUGGAAACCCAUUGUAGAUGCUGUCCAUGCAAAAGGUGGGAUCUUCUUUUGUCAGCUAUGGCAUGUUGGAAGGGCUUCAACUUAUGAGUAUCAGCCAAAUGGGCAAGCUCCUAUCUCCUCUACUAGCAAACAACUGAUGCCCCAAGUUCAAGCAAAUGCGGCUGAACCUGCAAAAUUCUCACCUCCAAGGAGGUUAAGGACAGAUGAGAUCCCUCAAAUUUUCAACCAGUAUAGACUUGCUGCAAGGAAUGCUAUGGAAGCUGGCAAGUUUCUAUCCCCCUUUAAACUGCACAAAACGCAAAUUAACAUCACAGGUUUUGAUGGAGUUGAGUUACACGGGGCUCAUGGAUAUCUACUUGACCAGUUUAUGAAAGAUCAUAUUAAUGAUCGAACAGAUCAAUAUGGUGGGUCUCUAGAAAACCGCUGCAGGUUUGCCCUGGAAGUAGUUGAAGCUGUUGCUAAUGAGAUAGGAGCAGAUAGAGUAGGAAUCAGGCUAUCUCCCUUUGCAAACUAUUUGGAUUCAGGUGACUCAAAUCCAACAGCAUUAGGGGUCUGCAUGGCAGAAUCAUUGAACAAAUAUGGAAUCCUCUACUGCCAUAUGGUUGAGCCUAGGAUGAAACUUGCUGAAGAAAGUUUUGAAACAUCUGAAAGUCUUCUUCCCAUGAGGAAGGCUUUUAAGGGUACAUUCAUUGUAGCUGGAGGCUAUGACAAAGAAGAUGGUAACAAAGCUGUGGCUGAAAACCGCACAGAUCUCGUUUCUUUUGGUCGUUUGUUUUUAGCCAAUCCAGAUUUGCCAAGGAGGUUUGAUCUCAAUGCCCCUCUCACUAAACACAACCGAAGUACAUACUGCCUGAUAGAUCCUGUUGUUGGCUACACCGAUUACCCAUUUCUUCAAGACACUGCUUAAGCUGACUGCAAAUGAGGAUUUGGCAAGUUUAAAAUAAUCAUUAUCAAGUCAAUUUAAAUCCAGCAUUUGUACUUUUUUUUUUCUUUUUAUCUUCUGUAUGGUUUCCUUGUCCCAAGCAUUAUAGCAUUGGGUAAAUAAUGUGUGAAUGGUCUUGUUGGACUAUUCGGAUAAUCCAUCUAUAAAGAGAUAUAAUUGAUAAAGUCUUUUUACCAUGGAAUAAAUAAUAGGAUUUUAUCCCGAUAAUUUAAUUAAGAAUUAAAUUCUAAUUAGUUAUAUGAUAAAGAGAUGGAAUGAUUUGAAGUUUUUCA